AUUCCGUCCGCUCUAUGUUCACCAGCGGCACACUCUUCGGUCUCGUCUCCUAUUCCGUCCGCUCCUCUCAAUCGAAAAAUGGCUGAAUCGCCAACAUUCCGACCACUUUCAGAUCAUGAAACUCGUGCUCGCUCGCACUUACGAUGAGGUUUUCUGCAUUGACUGUCGUCGAUGAACUUGAGGACGUCGAAAUCGUCGUCGUACUGGCACGGAUACCGAUGCUCCGGCGCGAGGCGUUAGUUGACGGAGAGGACGACGGCGGGGAGCUCGCGAGCGAGGCGUUGACAGAAGUCGUCGUAGGGUUCGAGAGAGAGAGAGAGAGAGAGAGGGAGGACUAAGGAGAGAUGUUCAAGAAGGGAGUGAAAGCUCGGUCGCACCAGAGACUGUCAGGGGCUGACAGGAAGAAGCUGAAGAGGACCGUCAAGGAAAGAUUUCCCAGGGCUUCCGACGCCGAUAUCGAUGCUUUACUCCCUCCCAAGGUGGAGAUAAAGGUUUCAAAGUAUCAAAAUCGAGUCCUUGUAUAUGGCAUAGAGGGAGGCUUUCCUAUGUUUUUUGAUAUUGAUGGGCGUGGCAAAGAAAUUUUUCCCACAGUUUAUGCCCUGUGGAAGGUUCCUGAUAUCUUGCCUUCUUUCAUGCUGAAAGGGGGCGAGGUUUCUCGAUAUGUUAUUGGAGGGGCGGAUUUGAUGUUUCCCGGUAUCAGCAUACCUGCUGAAGGUUUACCAUCGUUUAUAGCUGGGGAAGCAUGGGCGGUUAAAGUUCCAGGAAAUCCAGCUCCCAUUGCUGUGGGAACUACUACUAUGAGCUGCACUGAAGCAUUAAAAGCUGGGUUGCGUGGAAAAGCCUUAAAAAUUGCUCACUAUUAUGGUGACUUACUUUGGCAAGUAUCUGUUCGACUGGGGAGGAUCAACAUCCUCUUUCCACUGAGGAUGUGGACAUUGCAUACAACUGUCAAAGACAAAGACCUUCCCAUGCCUGGAAGCACUCUAUGGUCAAACUAUGUUUUACCUUGUAGGCCUUCAGGCAUCACACUAGACAUCAAGAAAUCAUCCUACAAGAAAUUAUCAAAGUGGUUACAAGCUAAAUGUUCUACAGGAUUGAUUAGAGUGAAGGAAGAUAAAUAUAAGGAGUCUGCAUUACUUUCUGUUAACCGCAGCCAUCCAGAUUACUCAUCUUUCAAGCCAGAGAAACGACAAGUUGAAGAAGCUGUUCAAACUGGUGUUCCUGCUGCCAGUGAAAGUCGGUUGGUCAAAAUCCUUGAAGUGGCUGAGAUCUAUAAACCAUGUGUACAUGUAAAUCCAGUAUUUGCUUCUUUAGGUGCUGACACAGGCGAGCUUUACAGUGCUUCAGAUGCCACUGACAUUGUGUUUAAAUAUGUUGAAAAGGAAAACCUGGUUAAGCCGACAGAUAAAGCCAUUGUGAUUUUGGAUGCGAUAUUGUGUGAUGCACUGUUCAAGGGGGUAAAGAAAGGUUCAACGUACCCUACAGAAAUACAUAAAAGAGACUUAGGAGCAGCAUUUGUGAACCGGAUGCAAGCCCAUCACAUUGUGACGAGGGGAAAUGACUCGGUUGUUCGUAAAGGUGGUUUGAAAACAGUCCAGAUAAUGACAGAAAGGCAACAAGGUAAUAAGAAAAUGACCAAGUUAUCAGGACUGGAAACAUUUUUAGUGGAUCCUGAAGCUUUGGCAUCAGAGUUACAAAAGAAGUUCGCUUGCAGCACAACGGUGGCAGAACUACCAGGUAAGAAGGGGCACGAGGUUCUGGUUCAAGGUGGAGUGAUUGAAAAUCUGGCAAAGCACUUGAUUGAACAAUAUGGGAUCCCAAAGAGAUACAUUGAGGUUCUUGACAAAACCAGGAGAUGAGAGGUUGAGAAAGGUAAUAAUUAACAAGGUCAUGGUUUGAAUUGGAGAGAUUGGCAUCAUUGAAUAGCGUGGAGGAGUGAAAUGCAUGUGCUUGAUACAUCCCAUAGAUGUGUAUAAAGAGGGCUUAAUAUCUUUUGGUGAACUUGAUUUCUCAACUGGUGGGAUUGGGAAAAUGAAGAGAAUGGAGGGUACCAUGGAAUACUUUAUGCAACAUUUUGUAGUUGUCUAUUGAAGUAUUGAGAGAGGAAAAUACUGUAGUUUAUGUUUUGUCUGGUAAUGUUGUUAUUUUUGUUUCUAAAUGAGGUUUGAGGAGAAAAUGUGUGAAUGGUAAGAACAGGAUUGGAGCAGAAGGAUGAUGAAUAGGAGGCAAGGAGAACAAAUAAAUGUAUAUGCAAGUCAUAGAAUAAAAAUAAAAAUUAAUUGAAGGAU